GCGAGCGAGAGGAGAUCGAGACGAGAAGAGAGAGAGAGGAGGAGGCCGCGGAGGCGGAGGCGGAGGCAGGGGAGGAGGAGCGGCGGCGAGCGGGUGACCAUGGAGGAGGAGGAGGAGCCCAGAGGCGCCUCGCCAGAUGAGCCCCACGAUGAGGCGGGGGAGGUGCCUGACGGAGACCCCGGCCUGGCCGCCAGCCCGGCCCCCUUGCCCUCGGCCCUCAUCCUGCGGGCCCUCCAACAGGCCGUAGGGGGUUCACUGCAGGGGGAGCUGAGCGGUGAGAAAGAUGUUUCUCGAGCUCGGGGUCCCCGAAGGAAACGCUGCCGGAGCCCCAGAGCUGAGAUGUGCCUCAGGGGCGCGGGCGGGACGGAUGCGGCUGCCGUGGUGGACCUUGCCGCCCGUAGCUUUCUGGCGGGGCUCCUGGGAGUGCUUGAGCCCCCCGACUCCUGGGUCCCCGGCCGCCCGGACCUCCCGGCUGUGGAGGAAGAGCCCGCUGAGAUGCUGGAGCUGGUGGCCGAGGUCCAUCUGGGGGAUGGGGCUCCCCUCUCUCUCCCCAUCUCCCACCCCCUGCACAGCAGCCGGGCCUGGCGGGCCGGCAAGUCAGGGUCUCUGCUGCAGCCGGGCCUCCUGGGCCCCGCCGGUGCCACAGCCCGUCUCCCGCUGCUGACCAUGGGCACGGGGGACGGGGGGCCGGCUCCCCCGCCGGCCCCCUCCUCCACCUCCUCCUCCCCCUCCUCCUCCCCCCGGUCGUCCUCGUCCUCGCCCCCGCCCCCACCCCCCCCGCCCCCCGCCCCUCGCUAUGACAUCUACGACCCCUUCCACCCCACGGAUGAGGCCUACUCCCCGCCGCCCGCCCCCGAGCAGAAGUACGACCCCUUCGAGCCCACGGGCUCCAACCCCAGCUCCUCGGGGGGGACGCCGUCCCCGGGGGAGGAGGAGGAAGAGGAGGAGGAGGAGGAGGAAGAGGAGGAAGAAGAGGAGGAGGAGGAGGAGGAGGAGGAGGAAGACGAGGAGGGCCUCUCGCACAGCAUCAGCCGCAUCUCCGAGACGCUGGCGGGCAUCUACGACGACAACAGCCUGAGCCAGGAUUUCCCCAGCGGGGAGAGUCCCGGACCCGAGCCCCCGCCCCCCGCGGGCUCCGGCUCCCCGCCCCAAGCCGACUCCACGCGAGUGGAGGGCGGCCCCCCGCGCCGGCGGGUCUUUGUGGUGGGGGCCGAGGCGGAGGCCGCGAGGGGGGAGGGCAAGCUGUCCCUGGAGGUGGUCACCACCGGGGCCCCCUUCCCCCCGGCGGCCCCACCCCUGGACUCCGAGAUCGAGGAAGGGGAGAUCGUGCAGCCGGAAGAGGAGCUGCGCUUCGCCCCUGUGGCCCUGUUUCGGGGAGCCGGGGGCCGCGCGCCCCGGCCCACGCCCCCUUCGGCCGGAGCCGCCGCCGCCCCGGCCGCCCCGGCCGCGCCACUGCCUCCUCCGCCGGCCCGGGGCCCCGAGGGCGACGACUUCCUGUCCCUGCACGCGGAGUCCGACGGGGAGGGGGCCCUGCAGGUGGACCUGGGCGACCCUGUCCCCGCCGCGCCUCCUGCCACAUCCAGCGACCCCCGCUGGACCGGCCUGGAUCUCCGGCGCAAAAUCCUGACCCAGCGGCGGGAGCGCUAUCGGCAGCGGUCUCCCUCCCCGGCCGUGACGCCCGCCGCCCCGCCGCAGCCGCCCCGGAAGAAGUCCAAGCGGGAUCACAAGCGCGAGCCCAAGGAGCCUCCGGCCCCGCCGGCCCCGCCGAGCCCGCCGGCUCCCGCGGCCUGGGACCCCAAGAAGCACCGGUCGCGGGAUCACAAGCCCAGCUCCCGGUCCUCGCGCCGCCGCUCACGUUCGCGAUCGCCACGGCCGCGGUCAUCCUGGUCCCCGAGCUCCGAGAGGAGGCGAGGAGGCCGCCGGUCCCGGUCCCGGGAGAAGCGGCGGCGACGGCGGCGAAGGUCGUCGGCCUCGCCCCCCCCGGCUUCCUCGUCCUCCAGGCGGGAGCGGCACCGGACCAAGCACCGCAGCGAAGGCAGCAGCAAGAAGAAGAAGAAGCGGUCUCGGUCUCGGGGCGAGAAGCGGGGUGGGGGGGACCCCGAGAAGGUGUCGGGGGCCGGGACGGAGCGGGAGAGCCGGCGGCGGGGGGCCGUGCCCCCGUCCAUUCAGGACCUCACGGACCACGACCUCUUUUCCAUCAAGCGGACCAUCACGGUGGGGAGGGCCGAGAAGCCCGCCUCCCGCUCAGCCUCCUCGGCCGGAGGUCCCGCCCCGGCCUCGCCCCUGCCCAAGCGGGAGGUUCUCUAUGACUCAGAGGGGCUGAGCUGUGAGGAGAGGGGGGGCGGGGGCGGGAAGGGGUCCGGCGAGAAGGAGCGCAAGCGGUCGGCGACCCUGGCCCCCCGGGAGAAGGGGCGGAAGAAGGCGGCUUCCGAGGGGCCGGAGCGGGAGCGGGACAAGGGCUCCAAGAAGGCCCGGCCUUCCUCGGGCAAAGAAACGGCCCCCAAGACCGCCAGCGGGGGCAGCGGGCGCAAGGUCAAGCUUCAGUCCAAGGUGGCGGUCUUGAUCCGAGAAGGGGUCAGCAGCACGACCUCCGCCAAGGAGGGCGCCGCAGCCACGGCCCCCAGCUCCAUCGGCGUCAAGUUCAGCCGCGACCGGGAGAGCCGCUCUCCCUUCCUGAAGGCCGAGGAGAAGGCCUCCGGCGAGCCCGGCAAGGGGGUGGCCCCGGGAGGCCCCAAGCUCAAGAAGGCCAAAGUCAAGGCCAAGGCUGGCCUCAAAAAGGUCAAAGGGUCAAAAGUGAAGACGAAAGGCACCAAGACCAAGAAGAAGAAGGCCGGCGGGAGCGGCGCCGGGGCCACCCUGAAGAAGUCCAAGGCCGACAGCUGCAGCCAGGCCGGCCCCAAGGGGGCCGAGGAGACGUCCUGGUCCGGGGAGGAACGGGCCCCGGGCAAGCCCCCCAGCCCCCCCACCCCCAAGGCGGCCCCGCCUCCCCCAGCGCUCACCCCUGACUCGCAGACCGUGGACAGCAGCUGCAAGACGCCCGACGUGUCCUUCCUGCCCGAGGAACCGGCCAGGGCCGGGGGCCGCGGCCGAGGCCGUGGAGACCAGGAAGACGGGGAGGAGGAGGAGGAGGAGGAGGAAGAGGAAGAGGAGCAGCCGGGUACCACCACGGCCUCCGGGGGCGGAGCCGGGGGAGGCGCAGGAGGGGGAGGCGGCGGAGGCCCGGCCGAAGCCGUGCAGGAGGACGGACCCCCGGCCCGGGCCCCCCAGCCCCCGGCCCCUCCUCCCCCCAUGCCUUGGAAUUUGCCGGCCGGGGUGGAUUGCGCCACCAGCGGCGUGUUGGCCUUGACCGCCCUGCUCUUCAAGAUGGAGGAGGCCAACCUGGCCAGCCGGGCCAAAGCCCAGGAGCUGAUCCAGGCCACCAACCAGAUCCUCGGCCACGCCAAGCCACCCUCGGCCCUGGGCGGGGCUCAGGCCCCCGGGGGGACCGUGCUGGGGCUCCCCCCCGGGCCUUCGGGCUACCUGCUUCACGGUGGGGGCGGCAUGGGGCUGCCUCUAGGAGGCUGCAGCUCCUCUCCCCCUUCACCUGGAGGCUUGGCCGGAGGCCCUGACCGGCGGGAAGGCAGCAGCAGCUCCGACGGGCGGAUGGACACCGACAAAUACCUGAAGAAGCUGCACACGCAGGAGCGGGCAGUGGAGGAGGUGAAGCUGGCCAUUAAGCCCUACUACCAGAAGAAGGACAUCACCAAGGACGAAUACAAAGACAUCCUGAGGAAGGCAGUGCACAAGAUCUGCCACAGCAAAAGCGGGGAGAUCAACCCCGUGAAGGUGAGCAACCUGGUCCGAGCCUACGUCCAGCGCUACCGAUAUUUUCGCAAGCACGGCCGCAAGCCUGGCGAUCCCUCGGGGCCCUCACGCCAGUCCAAGGAGCCGGCGCCCCCCGACAAGUGCGGCCCAGUCCUGCCCGUGCCCCCACUCUGAGCCCCGACAUAUUUAUGUCUCUCCUUCCUCCCCUCUCCCCCCCACUGCCACGGCUUGGUGGGAUUGGGGGGCAUUGCGGGAGGGGACCCGUCUGGCCCCGCUAGCCUUCUCCCCACCCCCCCAGGCCCACUUCUUCCUUUCUCUUUGUGCCCUCUACUCUCCAGCCCUAGUUAAGGAUUUCAUGAAAUGUUACACCCUC